CUGGUUUUGAAUGCGGCGGGAUUGUCCCCGUGUGGCUGACCGUGCAGGGGCCGAGUGAGAGCGUCACUUUGGUGUACUUUCCACCAACGCGUGGGCUUUGGGUUGCAUUUGCGUGGAGAAGAAGCACACAUGGCUGCGCUCACCAUCCAAAGGACUGACAACUUUUUGCACACCUUUUUACAGGACCGCACACCCAGCUCCUCUCCAGAGGGACCCCCCAACGCCCUAUCCUUCCUGGCCACCACCUGUAGCAAAGCGUGGCAGGUGGGCAGCACCACGGGCUCCGAGGGCUCCCAGUUCCCGUACGAGGGCACCGUCAGCUCCGCGUCUGGGAUGUUCCAGCUCUGGAGCAACGACAUGGCGCCCGGCGCGGCUCUCAGCACACACCAAAUGACCUUCACCGUGCCCAAGGUGCAGUUUCCCGGACACGUGCAGUCUGGCCUGGGGCACCACCACCAUCAUCACCCCCACCACCACCACCAUCAUCAUCAUCACCACCACGAGCUUCCUCUCACCCCUCCGGCUGAGCCCGCGCCGUCGUACUCGUUCGAACUCUCCCCCGUAAAAGUUCUGUCCUCGCAGCCACAGGCCAACGGCUCCUACUACCCACAACACAGCAGUGUCGGCCAAAACUUCCCCAGCUUCCUCCAGAACUCCUCACCAAGGCAUCACCUACCAGGAGGCCACGGGGAAGAAGGGCAGCAGUGGUGGAGCCUUCCCCAGACCAACGCGACGCCCUCCAACCAUCCCUUCGCCCUGGGCAGGCAGCUGGUGUUGGGCCACCAGCCGCAGAUAGCCGCCCUCCUCCAAGGGACCUCCAAGGGCCUGCUGAGCUCCACGCGGCGCUGCAGGCGCUGCAAGUGCCCCAACUGCCAAGCCAGCGGCGGAGGACUGGAGUUUGGCAAGAAGAGACUGCACAUCUGCCAUAUCCCAGAGUGCGGCAAAGUGUACAAGAAGACCUCGCACCUGAAGGCGCACCUGCGCUGGCAUGCCGGCGAGAGGCCCUUCAUCUGUAACUGGCUCUUUUGCGGCAAAAGCUUCACACGGUCAGACGAGCUGCAGAGGCACCUGCGCACACACACCGGGGAGAAACGUUUCGGGUGCCAGCAGUGUGGCAAGAGGUUCAUGAGGAGUGACCACCUCUCCAAACACGUCAAGACCCACCAGACCAGGAAGAGCAGGUCUGGGCAGCCGUCGCAGGGCACAGACACUCUGCUCACCAGCAUCAAGAGAGAGUAACGUCUGCCGUUCCAAAUCGAAAUGGUCUUGUUCUGACUUGACGCCAUAGGUUUGCACUCGAAGGCAAGCGGCAAGCU